UGCUCGUGACUUCACAACUGUGUUCAUUUGCAAAACUUACGAUUUUGAUACGUCUGUGAUACACCUCAAUGCAGGGUUGGCAAUGACUCAAUGGCUAUAUUAUAUGUCAUUUAGCAUUUCAAUCCUAAUGACAAAUGAUUACCAGGAUAAAACCGCCACCCAAUAA